AUGAUCCUACCCGUCCUGCUCUCAAUGUUUCCUGCCGCUGCUGUUGUGCUGGCACAGGAGGACAGCACUGCGCAACCGGUCUGCUCAGUCAAUCAACUGUUCAACGGCCAAAUUUGCACAUGCGCGCCCGGAUAUUUUUCGUCAGCUAACGAUGAAUCAAAGACCAGAUGCGAGGACGAGUGCGAAGAGGUCUACUUUUCAUUCUUCACCUAUGGAAAGUGUGUGGGCGACAUCUUCGGUAAGCUCCCCAAGGAUCAGCAGCCGGCGUGCAACCUUCGUUGCGGAGUCCGACCGCGUCUCUGGACAUCAAUCGGCAUUUUCUGUGUGUUUGCCGCGGCUCUGGCCACACUGCUCUUCACGAUCCCGAUGUGUAUCGCCACCUGUGCUAGCUGUCUUCACGCCAAGAAAGCGAACAAGAACGCAAAGCGGGUAAUUAUGGAGCAACAGGCGCAACCUAGUAAGGAUCAACAAGUGGCAACGAUGGGGUACAAUCCGUACGCGUACUGGCCGUACUACGGACGGGCCUAA